CAUUCUUCGUGGUGCUGCAGGCAAGAAAAAGGGAACUUUCUCCUUUCUAUCUAUGACGCAAACCGUGCCCGAUUUAACGCUGCACGGAGUACAAAUCGCACGUGGCAAAUUGUACGGAGACAAGUAAUCGCGUUCUUUUCAGACCGUGCAGAAUGCAGCAUCAUUUCCCCACCUCGUCGCUUCCCUCUUGACACAUCAAUGACAUCGUGGACGGACGGUUGUCAUUUAUUACAAAAUCAGUCGACACCACGAGUAGCCCUUCGCAAAAUUCGACAUGGGUCAUUUUUCGAAUUUUCACGCGUCAUUUAUACCAUUCAUCCGCAAUGUUCCAAAUGUCAUUCGCGAUGACAGUCUGCUCGCCUAUCGUGCCGAUUCCUUGAUCCCUUUUUAUAGGAGCACGUCCUAAAAUUGAUACAUGACAUUCGGGUCCAAUUAACUUCACUUCUAUCAAUUUUGAGGAUUUACAUGACUCCUGCCAAAUGACAGCCUGAGAAGGACCCCCUGACAAUCGCCGUCAACCGAAUGAGCCUCACGAAGCUGCGCAAGAUCGAUGGCCCGGCGACAUUCGAGCCCAGGAAAAGUGGCUCUCGAGGUGCCAGCAUCGGCACCGGAGCUGGGGAAACCGAGUUGGGGAUGAUAAAGGUGGUCGCCCCGACGUCCAGCGUCGCGACGUCAACCCCUUUGCCGGCUGGCGGCAUCCCUUGCAGAAAUGGAGGUUGCAAAGCCUCGAGAAGUCGAGGUGAACCACGGCCGGAAAGUCCCUGGCACCUCCUCAAGACCAUCUUCCUCGUCUCCGUGAUAGUAGCCCUUAUCGUUUGGGUCAUUGUCUACACCCUGCUGGCGCAAUAUCAGAUCCUCUGAAAUGUUUAAUAAACAUUAUCAAUGAUGAUCAAUGUCAAGGGGGCAUGACUUCAUUUUCCGCGGCCAUCUCGGGCCGUUCUACAAUAAUAUCUAAUAUCCCGGAUAUAACGACGUUUGCAUCCGACAUUUGUGUAAAUAACUUGACAUUUUAAUGGCAGGGGGGAGAGGGUGUAAUUAACCGAGGGGACAUGUUAAAAUCGUGUGAUAUUUAACAGUACAUCGUCACGGGCGUAUAAUCGCUCCGAGUGCCAAUUCACAAAAAUGUUCGCAUGAGUAAUUGUACAUAUUUUUAUAUCAUCACUUUCUCUGCAAUCGACGAGCAAUUGGCGAUUGGGAUUGAAUAAAAAGAUGCAGAAGUA